ACAACUCCUGCAUCAAGCUUUCUUUCGGGGAUUAAGAUCCAGUCAUUGAGGCUACCUUCCAUUGAAUGCCGAUCAGUACAAGGUAUCGGGAACCUGACAUGCAGAAUAGUGACCAAAACAAGCUCACGGCGGGGUCGAACUUGCAUACUCGGCAGUCGAAUUUCCUUUUACGUGUCGGCUUGUACUUCUUCAUUCUAAUAUAAAUUAAACGAUCCAUCUACUAGCAUAAUCUCAUCCUCGUUCAACAGCUGAGUACAUUGUCUGGGUCUCACUAUCAUCUUCCAACACCUCCUCGACGUACACUUCGGAGAAAUCAUCCUUCCAAUCAUCAUGAAAUACCCACUCAUCAGGGUUUCCAUUCUUGGCCUCCUAGCCAGCUGUGGUGCUUCUAUCUCUGUCUCUGCACCUACGGUCAACGGUGAUACUACAGUAACGGAGCCAAUCAUCCUCAAUUCCGCUGGCGUUCAGAAAGGAUUCGUAGCACCAAAGCCAGGCAGCAGUGUUCCAAACUCCACUUCUGUUAAGCUCCUACCCCGAAGUAAUAUCCUUCGCAAGAGAGAUGAUUACUUCUGCACCGGGGAUGCGCCCGAUGUUGAUGACUGUAACGAAGUGAUCAACACGGCUCUUGAUGACAACGAGACCAUUACUAUUCCUGAUAAUCUCUGUUUCGAGAUCAGCUACCAGACCUGUGUCGGCUACGUCUGCUCGACACCAUGUGGUGGGUACACGUUUAGCACCACCUGGUUUGGCAAUACGCUUUCCGACCUUUUGUCCCUUUGUGUGGAUGAUGGCCAAGGAGGGGAGAUAUACACCACUAGCGAUGUUAUCUACGAGGUCGGCUUUGUCACUGACGGGGAAGGAUUCCCGCAGUACGAAGCUUGUUGAGGUGGGAUUGUGAUGGUAUCUGAGUAUUGUGGAGAAGGUAGAUGUGAAAAAAGAGGAUUGGAAAGUUCAAUAAUUUCUUGAAAUUCAGGAAAAGCGUUUUCUUCCUUCUCAGUCAUUUUCGGUCCCAUUGAUUUCGGCAUGUUCAAUGAAUAAUUUAAUUGAAAGUCCGGCAUGUGAUGAGCAUGUAUUUUCACCUCAAGUUGUCGUCUCCGACAAUGGCGAGAAUCUUGGAUGACAAAAGUUUACAUUUAGUGCGAUAUUAAAU